AUGGAACCUCCAAAGGACCAACACACGCCAGAGAAAUCUGCCUCCGAAGCUCCGGCGACAGUUUCCUCCGCUUAUCCUCCCUCUGGAUGCUGUACUAACUGCGGCGGACCAACGAUUUCUGAGCCGCCACCUCUAGCUUCGUUACCCGAGAUGUCACCGCCUCCGAACUAUCGCCCGAUCCGAGCUCCGGCUAUUAACCUUCCUCACAACUCUCAGGCGAUCAUUCUCUCUCCCGUUCCUCACGCCGAGCAAGUCCCUAUCGUCUCUCCGCCGUAUCAUUUCGAGUGUCCCGUCAAGAGAAUCCACUCCCCCGACGAUAUCCGCCGUUUCCAGGAAUCCCCCUCUUGUAAGAACUUCUUAGGAUUCGUAGUUUCUCUCUCGGAAUCGAUCUGCGGACACAAGGUAUCAGAUCCUUGCCAUGUCUCACCUACCGUCGCCGCCAUAGUGUCGAUCCUUGAGACCUUGUUGCAGUGGAUCGACGAGAUUCCUCCUGUUCAAAUGUCGUCUCGAUACGGUAACAUUUCUUUCCGGUCAUGGCACGAGCGUCUCGCAGAGAAAGGCGAGUCGCUUCUCCUUGGGUUUCUUCCCGAUGAGUUUAAAGGAUCUACUGUAGAAAUCGUUCCUUACUUCUUCGAUAGCUUUGGGAACGGAAGUAGGAUCGAUUACGGAACCGGACACGAGACGAAUUUCGCGGCGUGGCUUUAUUGCUUAGCGAGGAUGGGGAUCAUCAAGGAAGAGGAUUAUCAUGGUGUGGUUGCUAGGGUUUUUGUCAAGUAUUUGGAAUUGAUGCGAAAAUUGCAGAUGGUUUAUUGCUUAGAACCUGCUGGAUCUCAUGGAGUAUGGGGUCUUGAUGAUUACCAUUUCUUGCCUUUCAUAUUUGGGAGCUCUCAGUUGAUUGAUCACAAGUAUAUGAAACCGAAAUCGAUCCAUAACGAUGACAUUUUGGAGAAUUUCUCUAGUGAAUACAUGUACUUGUCUUGUAUUGCCUUUGUGAAGAAGGUGAAGAAGGGUUUGUUCGCUGAGCACUCGCCGUUGCUUGAUGAUAUAAGCGGUGUACCAAACUGGAAGAAAGUGAAUAGCGGUUUGCUCAAGAUGUAUAAAGUCGAAGUGCUCGAGAAAGUCCCCAUUAUGCAGCAUUUCCUCUUUGGCUGGCUCAUCAAAUGGUAUGAUUCUUCUUCUUUCCUUUUAUCUAGUUUUUAG